GCCUAUUCUUUCCUUUCCCUUCAAACCCUCUUUUUCAUUCUUUUGAAUCCCAAGCUUUGGGAGGAUUUUCUUUUUUUUACGUGGAAUUAUUACAAUUCAAUUUUUUUAAACUUGCCUAUUUGCUUAUGCUGAAUGAUUCGCCCUGCAACGAGUCCGCUUCCAGACCGAUCACCUCGUCGUUUUUACGCCGAAUCUCAUCGCCUGCGCCACCCUGUCCACAACCGUCCAAAUCAAUGAAUUUUCUCGCUUCGCCACAGCCGCGACAUACAAACAACAACCGAUCCACCCUAAAGAAGCCAUCCGAUCGAUCUUCGGCCCCCGUGCUCAAUCGACUCUCCAGUAUAUUUUCUUCCAGUCUACGAAGACCAUCGUGUCGUCGCAUGAACAAUUCCGCUGCCACACCCACCAAAUCUGUAUCAACUCGCCCAACCGAGGAAUUCAAACCCUGUAUAUUGGCUACGUUUCCAUCACCGGCGGCACGAUCACGACAACAUCUCGCCAGUCGACCUCGUCCGCAUUCGCAGUUUGAUAUAUCAAGUACCACAGACACUUUACGCAAGCGACGGCAUACCGACGUGCAUGUCACCUUGAUGCGUCAAAUUUCUGAAAGCAGCGAAUCGAGUAGUGUGUCAUCGACGAAAACAUUACACAACAGCAGUACCAGUGGUAAUUGUAGCAGCGGCAGCAGCAGCGAUGAAUCAGAAAAGGAGACGGAUGAGGAAACUUCUGUGGCUACAGAGGAGGAUCUGGGAGAUGAUGAUUUCGUCAAGGGCGCGGAGCUAGGAGCUGGACUGGCUGGUCCCACGCCUGCCAAGUCCUGCAGCACCAUCUAUCCAUCAUUGGAAACGCGCAUACACGAUCUUCCCCACACCCAACGCCCUCAAUCCCCUGCCAAUGAAAGUCGAUUGAUCCGUGCUGGUCACGAUCGUCCAUUCAGCCCACGGGAGAAAAAUCUUUUCCGACAUCGCACCGUUUUUGGAAAAACCGAUCAUGCCAAAAAGGAAAAUAAAACCGUCUCUAUUUGGCGCGCCAGCGUCGAGAAGCUUUUGCAACAGUCUCCGCAUAACGCGCCCGCCCUUUUAGGUGGGGUUCACGCCUCUCUUUUUCUUUUUUUUUUGCGCUUUUUUUUCUGUAUUAUUUUCGUGCUUUCAUUUCCCAAUGCGGUUAUCUAACAGCCAGAACACGGGACUGCCAAGGACAUCGCGUUGGCCAAGUUUAUCGUGAUCGAACUGUAUACGACGGAACAAUCCUAUCAUCGUUUACUCAAGAUGGUCCAGACUAAUUAUAUGCAAGU